AACUUUUUCCGGUUGGAGACGUGGCUCUGCUCUUCUGUACCGCUGCAAGUCUGAUUACGUGAGCCUCACAAGAAAUAAACAAACACCUUGUUAUAUUAUUCACGCGUUUAUUGUUUUUUGAAAGCGGUUGAGUAUCUUGGCGGUGGAAUUAAGCAUCUUAAGACGGAUCCAAAAUGGUGCUCUUGGCAGCUGCAGUGUGCACCAAGUCAGGAAAAGCCAUAGUGUCACGGCAGUUUGUAGAGAUGACCCGCACUCGCAUCGAGGGUCUCCUGGCUGCCUUUCCUAAACUGAUGAGCACAGGGAAGCAGCACACUUUUGUAGAGACAGAUAGUGUGCGCUAUGUCUAUCAGCCAUUAGAGAAGCUCUAUAUGGUUCUUGUCACCACGAAGAACAGCAACAUUCUGGAGGACUUGGAGACACUACGGCUCUUCUCUCGUGUGAUCCCUGAGUACUGCCGUGUGCUGGAGGAGAGCGAGAUCUCCGAACAUUGCUUCGAUCUCAUAUUUGCUUUUGAUGAAAUUGUUGCUUUGGGCUACAGGGAAAAUGUUAAUCUGGCCCAGAUCCGAACCUUCACUGAAAUGGACUCGCAUGAAGAGAAGGUCUUCCGUGCAGUUAGAGAGACCCAAGAACGAGAAGCAAAUGCAGAGAUGAGGCGAAAGGCUAAAGAGCUGCAGCAGGCGAGACGGGAUGCAGAGCGUGCCGGCAAAAAGGCACCAGGCUUUGGAGGUUUUGGAAGUUCAGGAAUGAGCAGCACAACUACCAUCAUCACAGACUCAGUGAUGGAACCAGAGAAGCCUAAACCAGCUCCUGUAUCAGUUAGGCCAAGUGGUUCUGGUAAAGCACUGAAACUGGGUGCCAAAGGAAAGGAGAUUGAUAACUUUGUAGACAAACUUAAGUCGGAGGGUGAAAAUAUUGUGAUACCCAGUGCUGGAAGGAAAGCUUCAGAAAUCUCUAAAGUCCUUCAGCCUCCUGUGAACACUGAAAGUGUACAUCUAAGGAUGGAGGAGAAGAUAUCUCUGACCUGUGGACGGGAUGGUGGGCUGCAGAACAUGGAGAUCUUGGGUAUGAUCACACUGAGAGUCUCAGAUGACAAAUAUGGCCGCAUCCGCUUGCAUAUUAACAACAAUGACAAGAAAGGAGUGCAACUGCAGACCCAUCCUAAUGUAGAUAAGAAGCUGUUCACUGCAGAGUCUUUGAUUGGACUGAAAAACCAAGAAAAGUCUUUCCCCCUUAACAGCGAUGUGGGUGUGCUGAAGUGGAGGCUACAGAGCACAGACGAGUCCCUCAUCCCUUUAACCAUAAACUGCUGGCCUUCAGAAAGUGGUAGCAACUGCGAUGUCAACAUUGAGUAUGAGCUCCAGGACGAGGGCCUUGAACUCAAUGAUGUAAUCAUCACCAUCCCUGUACCGUCAGGAGUAGGCACACCUGUUGUUGGAGAUCUUGAUGGCGAGUAUCGCCAUGACAGCAGGAAAAACAUUCUUGAAUGGUCCCUGCCUGUCAUUGAUGAAAACAACAAGAGUGGAAGUUUGGAGUUCAGCAUAGCUGGGAGGCCAAAUGACUUCUUUCCAGUUAACGUGUCAUUUGUGUCUAAACGCACAUAUUCCAACAUUCAGGUGGCCAAAGUUACCCAGGUUGAAGAGGACAGCCCGGUGAAAUUCUCCUCUGAGACUUCCUUUGUUGUCGACAAGUAUGAGAUACUCUAAAGACUAUUAAAAGAAAUGUUUCUAGCCUGCCUGCCUACCUGUGUAACAGUUUGGACACAGUACAACCGGAGUGUCCAAAUCUUUCCUGAUGGCGUGCAGUAUUUGUGUAUUUGUUUGUAUGGCAAAGGAAAUUAUAUGUUUAUAUAAAAUGAAUUUAAGAGGUAAAUGAACCACAUUAUAACAUGAACACAGAUGGACCUUGAGCUUUGCUACUUGAGGCCAAGGACACUGAGAUAUCAUCACACCACAUUCUCAUCUUACAGCCUGAAUCUGGACCUAUGAGUCUUCAUGACCCCUGAAAUAAAUUAUAGGAGGAACUUGAGAGCUGCCCCAGUAUAAUAUAUUUUCUAUAUCGUAACCUUAUAGAGCCACACAUUCUUAAAUAUGCGACAAAUUGUAUUUAGAAUGACUCGUUUGUCCAAAAUGAGAAAUAAGAAAAGGAAAUUGUUUUUUCUUCUAUUUUCAUUCAUAAUGAACUCUGUGUUGAAAUAUAUAAAUAGCUUUCAUGUGUUCACUCUGUUCUAUAUUUAGGAGGGCAGUUUUUUUUCUUCUUUUUUUUUGAAAAACUUAUUAUCAUUUUAAUUAUCGAUGCAUAUAAUGCCCAUCCAGGACAAAAUAUUGUUUUCUAUCUGCUUCUUAAAGUAAUUUACUUUCUGCAUCAGUUGUUUUCACAGUAAUACAUCAGUUACAUAAAUCUGCAAGGAUUUUUGUGAGGUCAGAAACUGCACCAGAUUGAAAUGUUUUCUUCUGCUCUGAUAGCUGCUACUGGUUGUAAAGAGCUUGUAGAAUAUUUUAAAUGUCUUCAACAUGCUAGAGGAGAACACUGACACAGUAACGGAGCUGUAAGAGGAGCCUUGCUAUUCUUCCCUGAUAUGUCCAGUCAUUUGCAAUCUGAAACUCAGACAUCUGUUGAGCUGACUUGCACUGGGAGCAUGUUCACUGGUUGCUCUAAAUUUGUCUGCAAAUAUAAUGUUGAUUCAAGUGAAAUCUGAUAAAACAGAGAAAUUUGUAAGAUUUUUGCAAAUUGAAGUGCUCAGUGCUUGAUUUCUACAUUCACGAUUUAAAAUUCUUUAUCUAAGCACUUAAAUCAUGCAUUAAUAGUAGAAACAACAUUCACAAUAUUUCAUGUAUUUUGUUCAGCUUACUUUAAGAAUAGAAAAACAGUAGAAGUCCUCUGAUAUGUAUUGAUUUACUUGAGUGGAAAAUAUUUUCUCACUGAUAUCAUUUUUGUAUCUUCCCAAAAACUUGUCAGAUAAUACUUUUUGAGGGGGUUAUUUUAAUAUCCAAUGAGAGAUGAAAAUGAUAACAUUCCAGCUUAUAAUUACUUGUUUUGAUAUUAAAGCAUAUUGCUUGAA